AUGAAUUUUGGUGGAUUUGGGAAGAAUUCAGGUCCAACUACACCGCCGAGAGCUCAAACCCCUUUUGGCCACUUUUCUCGCCCUCCAUCUCCUUCUCCUUCCCGCCCCGUAUCACCAAGAUCCUCACUUGACUAUAGUGACCUUGGUAUUUCUGAGGGUACUUUCUCGUCACGCUUGGCUCCUUCUCACCCGUUUCCAGGCACGCUUAGCAGCAACGGAUCUCCUUUGAGAUGGGGUGAUGCGCCAGCAUCCUCUUCUAAAGACCAUGGUGCUCAGACUUUUCAAAGGCCUCCCAGCUUUCGGCCAGAAGUUCCUUCACAUAAUUCAAAAGCCACCUCCUCCACAAGAACCACUGAGUCUCAAUAUAUUGAAAGAACCUAUUCACCUUACUCUCAAUCUCCCAAUGAAACUUUAAGGAAUUCCAGAAGUGUCAUAGAAAGUUACAAGAGCCACUUGGUUCCGCAUCAAAGUCGAUCGCCUCCACCUGUUUUUCAGAACUAUCCAUCGGUUGGUGGCCAGAAUCCUCCGAGUACAAAAGUUCAGCAGCACCCUUUUCCUAACCCUGUUCAGGGAAAUCGAUCAAAGACAUCCAGCUCAGUCUUGAUAACAAGAGGCAAUAUUCAACCGAGGCCACUGUUUAAGCCCAAGUAUGAAGACGGUUUGCUUCCAAUGAGAAUGAGAUCUCCAACACUUACCUCUACUGGUGGGGUUUCCCCAGAAAACACUGUUUCUUACUCCGAUGGUCACCAGAGAUCUUUGAUUCACUAUCGGGACCUGGAUGCCCCUGAAGCAAUGCCAUCGCCGCCUUUGGGUUCUGGAAGCAGCUUGCCGAAUAGAGAGUCCGCUCGGCCUUUGGCAGGAAAUCGGACGCCUUCUCCACCUAAUGUGCGGGCUCAUCAGCCAAACCAAUCCAUUAGUAUUGCCAGUCCUCUUGUUAGAGCAGGCAUGUCUCCUGCAUUGACAAAGGCAGGUGCUUAUAAUUCUGGAAGUACACUUCAGAUAAAGCAUGCAGAUGUUUCACUUCCAAAGCGGACGAGGUCUCCAACAAUUCCAUCUACGAGCGGAGGUGUUCUCCAAGAUUCUCCUAUUGCUUCUGAUAGUCACAACAGGUCUGAAAUUGCUGUGGACAGGACAAUGCACUUUCCAGCUGUGAAGAGAACCAAGAUACCACUUUCUGCUUCAUCUGAUCAAGUUUUUGAAGAGAAUUUUGAUCCUUCAAUAGAGAUUGAGCGGGAAUUGCUUGCAAAAGAAAAACGCUUAGCUCGCUUUAAAGAUGAAUUAAACCAACCUGCCCAAAGUCAUUCUACUUUCGGAAGUCAAAACACUCCUGCCAAAAGGCAGCACCAGUCUAUGUCUGGGAGACCAAAAUUAUCCGAGGAUGUGACAAUUGAAGGGACAGCAGAUCCUGCUGGUGGAAAUGUUUCUUUAACCAAUGAAGGCUUGUCAUCAAGUAGUAUAGCCGGUUUAUGUCCAGAUAUGUGCCCAGAGUCUGAGAGAGCUGAACGCGAAAGAAAAGGAGAUCUUGAUCAGUAUGAGCGCUUGGAUGGAGAUAGAAACCUGACCAGUGAAUUUCUUGCUGUAAAAAAGUACACUAGGACUGCAGAGCGAGAAGCAGAUCUUAUUCGUCCAUUGCCGAUUUUGCAAAAGACAAUGGACUAUCUUCUGAGUUUGCUUGAUGAGCCUUAUGAUGAUAGAUUUCUUGGCUUGUACAACUUCUUGUGGGAUAGAAUGCGGGCCAUCCGUAUGGAUUUGAGAAUGCAGCAUAUUUUCAAUCUUGAAGCCAUCAAUAUGCUGGAGCAAAUGAUAAGACUCCAUGUCAUAGCCAUGCACGAGUUAUGCGAAUACAACAAGGGAGAGGGUUUCUCCGAGGGAUUUGAUGCGCAUCUUAAUAUUGAGCAGAUGAACAAAACUUCUGUUGAGCUGUUUCAGUUGUAUGAUGAUCACCGGAAAAAAGGAAUACAUGUGCCGUCAGAGAGAGAAUUUAGGGGUUAUUAUGCACUCCUCAAGCUUGACAAGCAUCCAGGGUAUAAAGUUGAACCUGCAGAGCUGUCACUUGAUUUGGCUAAGAUGACACCCGAAAUGAGGCAAACUCCAGAAGUUUUAUUUGCUCGUGAUGUAGCCAGAGCCUGCAGAACAGGAAAUUUUAUAGCUUUCUUUAGACUUUCCCGCAAAGCUAGCUAUCUUCAAGCAUGUUUAAUGCAUGCUCAUUUCUCUAAGUUGCGUACCCAAGCCCUUGCUUCCUUGCAUUGUGGUCUGCAGAUCAACCAGGGAAUUCCCAUCACUCUUGUUGCCAAAUGGCUCGGGAUGGAGGACGAGGAGAUAGAAAACCUUGUGGAAUACUAUGGUUUCUCGGUUAAGGACUUUGAAGAACCUUACAUGGUGAAGGAAAAUGCAUUUUUCAAUCUGGAAAAUGAUUUUCCAGUCAAGCGUUCUAAACUAGUCAUUUAUAAGAGAUCAAGAAUGAUAGUCGGGGAUGUACAAUAUGCUUGUCAGAAUGAAUCUUAUGCUGAAGAUGAAAUAAAAGGUUUCCAGCCGAAGGCGGUUCCAGAGACUAUACCUUCACAUACACGAUCUAGCUUGCCUGCAAGUACUACACAGCUCCAUGUUGAAAAUUUGCAUGACUUGGGUACCAUAUUUUCCCCAAAAGGUAGUGUCAAAAAACACAUGGAUAAGGCAUCUAUUGCUCUAACGACCCCAGAAAUUGAUAUGGUUGGCGAUGAGGUUCAGUUGGUUCCCACUAGUCCUUUGGUGUUGGAUUUCUCUAAUAGUUCUUAUGAACAUCAUCAAAGCGGAGCUAAGUCUGCACAUAAACCAAAAUUUGAACCUAGUUUUAGGAACUCGUUUGGUAGGGUGAAGCCUAUGUUGGAAGCAACAACAGCACCAAUGACACUGGAAACAAUUGAUGAAACUAGAUUCCCUGUUAUAUCUCACGAUUCUGUUGUUCAUAGUCCAAUAACACAGCCUAAGUUCACUGAGGACAUAGAAGAAGAUGAACAGAUACUUCUCAUGGAAGAAGAAGAUGAACAGACACUUCUCAUGAAAGAAAAUAAAUCCGAUGAAGUUACCACCAGUUAUUAUGACAAAGAAGUUGAAGAAGCCAGACUUAAGCUGAUGCUGAGGAUAUGGAAACGUCACACAGCAAAGAAGAGGGAAUUGCGUGAGCACAAGCAGCUAACAGCUAGUGCUGCACUGAGUUUGCUGUCAAUGGGCCCACCAGUUAGGCGAUUUGAAAUUCAAUCAAGCAGCUUCGGCACAAUCAAUAUCAAUCAUGUCAUGAGUGAGAGGCACAAAAUUCAAGAAAGAUCGUGGUCAUUGUUGAAUCCCUCAGAGGUGGGAGCACCAAAACUUCUCGAAAAAAAUAAAGAUGCUAAAUGCCUUUGCUGGAAGCUGCUCAUAUUGUCUCAAACGGAACAAAAAACGAAGCCAUCGAAUGAAGCUGCCUCCAUUUCAUCUACAGAUUCAUGGCUGUAUUCUAAGCUCAUGCCUGAGAAAAAUGAUGCUGAUGGCGAUCUGCUUGUAUCAUCCCCUGGCCGCCUUUCAAUUUGGAAAAAUUGGCUUUCUAGUUCCAGUGCUGACCCGACCUUGUGUUUAUCAGUUAUCAGGAACAUCACAUUCGAACAACAAAAUGAGGCUACAGCAGGAUCAAGUGCAGUUCUCUUCGUUUUAUCAGAUUAUAUUCCGAUGGAGUUUCAGAAGAAAGGUCUUCAUGAUUUUGUUAUGUCGCUACCUUCAGGUUCUCGUUUGCCUCUACUUGUAUUAAGUGGCUCUAGCAAGGAUGAAGCCAGUCCAUCUAGCAUAGCUUACGCUCUAGGGAUGGAUGAGAUCGACAAAUCCAGGGUGGUAAAUUUUUAUGUUACAUUUCUUAAAGACAGUAUUAAAAAAUUGGACGGAUUUCUUAGUGAUGAACAUUUGAGAGAAGGACUCGAGUGGCUGGCUAGUGAAAUGCCACCUCAGGUUGUUGUCCGAGGAACAAAAACCCGUGAAUUGAUCCUGUCCCACUUGAAUUCCACUUACGAAAUUUUUUACGACGAGAUGAAUAUUCACAGAUUUGGGCCUGACGAUUGCAUCUCGGCAUUUAAUAAUUCUCUGGAUCAGUCGAUGAAAAAAGUGGCUGAUGCAGCCCGUGCAAACCCCACUGGUUGGCCAUGUCCCGAAAUCGAGUUACUUGAAGGGUCGAAGGAAGAGAAAAUAGCAGCAGCUUGGUAUUUGCCUAGAGUGGGGUGGAGCUCACAAUCGAGAACUGAAUUGCUUAUGCGUACCUUGAAUGAUCUGAAGCUCCCUGCUUUGGGAGACGACUUGUGUUGGUUAUCAGAAGGCUGCAACAUUGGUCGCGAUUCCGAGGGCAAAAAAUCACGGCUCGAAAAUUGCUUGACCGAAUAUUUGUCUAAGAGUAGUGGGAUGAUGGAUAUAGACUUGGCCCGGAAAGAAGCAGGUGUUCUGCUUCAGAAGUUCACUCGGCUGGAGCUUCCUAACACGACGUAUUUUAUUGUUCCAAAUUGGGUCUCGAUUUUCCAAAGGAUUUUCAAUUGGCGGCUGAUGAGUUUGAAUAGUGGUGAAGUGUCGUCAACAUAUGUCUUGGAACAUGAUUAUAUCACAAGUCUGAGUUGUGAGUCUGUGGAUGAGUUAGAAUCACAAGUUAUUACAUUCCACCCUCCUUCCACUGUCUGCCCAUUGCUCGACGAAUUGGUUGAAGUUGGUUAUCAGACGAAUGAGUCGAAUUAUAUGGAAUAUGAAGCCAUUCGGCCGUUUUCAUCACCACCUAUGGUUUCUUUUGGUGCCACUUGUGAUGAUGAGGAUGAUGAAAAUGCCAUUUUAUUGGCAAAUAAAGGGAAAUUUUCUGGGAAAAGUUGUGACCAUUUAGCAACGGAAGAAAAUAAUGAACGCGGUUUGUCGAUGAAUGUUGUGAAAACAACACCGGAAGCGGAUAAAUUAAGUGAAUUGUUGGACAAGUGUAGCAUUUUGCAAAACCUGAUUGACGAGAAGUUGUCGAUCUAUUUUUGA